AUGGCCUCCGCAAGGGACAUCAACUCUAGCAAUGCGCUGAAUUUUCCUUCCUCAUCACCGAACGCCUCUUUCCAGUCCGCUCCGUCCAGCCAUAGUGGCUCGACUUUUGCAAACCGGCUGGUUCCCAUCCUCAAUGCAAAGCACCUGAAGCCAUUUGCUACAGAGGACAUCAAAGUCUUGCUCCUCGAAAACGUCAACCAGACAGGUCGUGAUAUCCUCAGCAAACAAGGCUAUCAAGUCGAGUUUCUGAAGUCAUCGCUUCCCGAAGAUCAACUUAUCGAGAAGAUUCGGGACGUCCAUGUUAUCGGAAUUCGUUCAAAAACAAAGUUGACGGAGCGCGUCCUGAAGGAAGCCCGUAAUCUCAUUGUCAUUGGCUGUUUCUGCAUCGGAACCAACCAGGUCGAUCUUCAGUAUGCGGCGGAGCAUGGUAUUGCCGUUUUCAACUCCCCUUUCAGCAAUUCUCGAAGUGUUGCUGAAUUGGUCAUCUGUGAGAUCAUUGCUCUUGCUCGGCAACUCGGCGAUCGUUCCAACGAAAUGCACAACGGCACCUGGAACAAGGUGAGCAACAAGUGCUGGGAGAUUCGGGGAAAGACGCUAGGCAUCAUUGGGUAUGGCCACAUCGGCUCUCAGUUGUCGGUUUUAGCAGAGGCUAUGGGCAUGUCUGUCAUUUUCUAUGACGUGGUAAAUCUCAUGGAACUGGGCACAGCGCGUCAAGUACCAACCCUGGAUGCACUCUUGUCCGAGGCCGAUUUCAUCACCUGUCACGUACCCGAGCUUCCUGAAACAAAAAAUAUGCUAGGGCAAAAGCAAUUUGACCUCAUGAAAGAUGGCAGUUACUUGAUCAAUGCCAGCCGAGGAACUGUCGUCGACAUACCUGCCCUUAUACACGCGAUGCGAUCCGGCAAGAUCGCGGGUGCUGCCCUCGAUGUUUACCCCAACGAACCGGCUGGAAAUGGUGAUUACUUUAACAACGAUCUCAACGCCUGGGGAACUGAUCUCCGCGCCCUCAAGAACCUCAUCCUGAGCCCACAUAUUGGCGGUAGUACCGAGGAGGCACAGCGUGCCAUUGGUGUUGAGGUGGCAGAGGCCUUGGUUAGAUACGUCAACGAAGGUACUACUCUGGGCGCUGUCAACCUGCCGGAGGUCACUCUUCGCUCUUUAACCAUGGAUGAACCGGACCAUGCCCGGGUUAUUUAUAUUCAUCACAAUGUCCCUGGUGUUCUUCGGAAAGUCAAUGAAAUUCUCGGUGACCAUAACGUCGAUAAGCAAAUGACAGAUAGUAGGGGUGAUGUCGCCUACUUGAUGGCUGAUAUUAGCAACGUCGAUCAUACAACAAUCAAGGACUUGUACGAGAGACUGGAAAGCCUUUCCUGUAUUGUCACCCCUCUACUUAUUGAACAUGCAGAACACUAA